AUGUAUGCUGUUGCAGACCCCGAGAGACGGCUGCUGGUCCAAGCACCAUGGCCGCGGAGCGGACCUGGCUGCUACGAGGCUCUGGUGGCUGGAGCACGCCUAGUUGGUAUGAGCCCGGCGCGAGUUCCCGGGCCCCGAGACGCUGGCUCAGGUAAAUUUUUCCAUAACCUUACGGAGAGAAAGGACUUUGAGACAUGGCUCGAUAACAUUUCUGUUACAUUUCUUUCUCUGACGGACUUGCAGAAAAAUGGAACUCUGGAUCACCUGAUUAGUCUGAGUGGGGCAGUCCAGCUCAGGCAUCUCUCCAAUAACCUGGAGCCUCUCCUCAAGCGGGACUUGCUCAAACUCCUUCACCUGGAGCUCAGUUUGUUAAAAUGGCUCGAUCCCCAGACUUUACUCACAUGCUGCCUUGUCUCUAAACAGUGGAAUAAGGUGAUAAGUGCCUGUACGGAGGUGUGGCAGACUACAUGUAAAAAUCUGGGCUGGCAGAUAGAUGAUUCUGCUCAGGACACUUUGCACUGGAAGAAGGUUUAUUUGAAGGCUAUUUUGAGAAUGAAGCAACUGGAGGACCAUGAAACCUUUGAGACCUCAUCAUUAAUUGGACACAGUGCCAGAGUGUAUGCACUUACUACAAAGAUGGACUUCUCUGUACAGGUGGUUUUGCAGAAGUGCAAAGUCAAGUCUCUUUUGCACAGCCCUGGAGACUACAUACUCUUAAGUGUGGACAAAUAUGAGAUCAAGAUUUGGCCGAUUGGGAGAGAAAUUAACUGCAAAUGCUUGAAGACAUUGUCUGUCUCUGAGGAAAGGAGUAUCUGCCUGCAGCCAAGACUUCAUUUUGAUGGCAAAUACAUUGUCUGUAGUUCCGCACUGGGUCUCUACCAGUGGGACUUUGCCAGUUACGAUAUUCUCAGGGUCAUCAAGACUCCUGAGAUAGCAAACUUGGCCUUGCUUGGCUUUGGAGAUAUCUUUGCUCUGCUGUUUGACAACCACUACCUGUAUAUCAUGGGCUUGAGGACAGAGAGCCUGAUUAGCCGCUGGCCUCUGCCAGAGUACAGGAAAUCAAAGAGAGGCUCAAGCUUCCUGGCGGGCGAAGCAUCCUGGCUCAAUGGACUGGAUGGGCACAAUUACAUGGGCUUGGUCUUUGCCACCAGCAUGCCUGACCACAGUAUUCACCUGGUGUUGUGGAAGGAAGAUGGCUGA